AUGAUUACAUACAUUUUCAUUUGUGCAUUAUUAUCACCUACCAUUAUGAGUUCUUCUAAAUUUAAUACAGUUGGAUUAUUAUAUCCUAACGUUUCAAAACCAGAAGGCACAAAAAUCUACCAAAGUAUUUCAUCUGACAAAGGUUAUGUGAUAAAAACAAUAACCAGUGCACCACUAUAUCGAAUUGUUAGUUAUUUCACUAAUCGCACGGAAGAAAGUGAAGCAAAAGUACAUGACUUACAAAUUCCUUACUCAAUGUAUUAUACACAUAUAUAUCUUGCUUGGAAAUCUGCUGAUCAAUUGUUAUCCUCUAUAACUCUACAAUCCGAUAAUUCAGAAAGUAAAUUGAAUGGUGCUAAUUUAGUUUUAUCAACCUCUAAACUAGGUGAUAUGUAUGCACCUGGUAUGAUAACAUCAGUUCUUGACUUUGUUACAAAAUGUUAUGAAUGGGCUAAACCAAAUAAUCGACGAAUACCAUCUAGUUCAGCAUAUGUAUCAACACUUAGAGUUGCAUCAAAAGAUGAAAUUAAUCGAGCAUUAAUUAAAUAUACAGUAGAACAAUUUUUAAGAGCAACAACUUAUGGGUCAUAUCAUUUUGUUUGGGAAACGAAUUCAAAAAUGAAAGAAUUUAUGAAAGAAUUAAAUUAUGAACAAAUUACAUGUGGUGGUAAUUAUUCAUUUUAUAAUCCAUGUGAUUGGACAUUGAUGGGUUUAAAACCAGAAAUAGCUAAAGAACAAUGCCUAUAUCGACUUAUUAAUAAUAAAUCCAAUAUUUAUUAA